AAACAAGCCGCGUCUUCCUCGCAUUGCGCGUCAUUCAAACAGGACUCAGUGUACUGCUUUUCCCUCUGUUGCAUUAGUAAUAACAGCGGCGUUGACGGGAGACAGCAGGAGAGAGUGUGUGUGUCUCAGACUGCGGUGCCCAGCGGAGGAAUAUUUGAGCUUUUUAUUUACUCUGCAGCUUGUUGUUCAUUUUCUCUGCGUUAUGGUGAACUUGGACAGUCACGUGUGAACAUCUCUGCAAACACAGAGGACGACGACUUCGCACCUGGUGUGUCCCUUUGACUUUACCGCGAGGAGAAUAUACCUGCCAUUUUUUGUGAUAGCUGACAGCGCUGGACUCCUUCCACUCCUGUGACGGACAACAACAGCAAGUUCUCUCCCUCAGGGAUGAAAUAUGCACACGGUGCGCCCGUAGAAAACAGCACACGACACACACUGUGAAGUCCAAAGAGGUUUUAAAUCAUGAUGAUGCAGGAGUCGGCCACAGAGACAAUAAGCAACAGUUCAAUGAGUCAAAAUGGAAUGAGCACCCUAAGCAGCAGCCAAUUAGAGGCUGGCAGUAGAGAUGGGAGAUCAAGCGCUGGUGACACGAGCAGCGAAGUAAGCACAGUCGAGCUGCUGCAUCUGCAACAACAGCAGGCCCUACAAGCAGCGAGGCAAUUACUCUUGCAGCAGCCAGGCAGUGGCCUGAAAUCUCCAAAGAGCCAGGACAAGCAGCGUCCACUGCAGGUUCCAGUGUCAGUGGCCAUGAUGAGUCCCCAGGUGAUCACGCCGCAACAGAUGCAGCAGAUCCUCCAGCAGCAGGUGCUCUCCCCCCAGCAGCUCCAGGCCCUGCUCCAACAGCAGCAGGCCGUCAUGCUGCAGCAGCAACACCUGCAGGAGUUUUAUAAGAAACAACAGGAGCAGCUUCACCUGCAGCUCCUCCAGCAGCAGCACCCCGGCAAGCAGGCGAAAGAGGGCUUACGCAAUUGCCUGCCUGGCCCAGCGAUAAACAACUCUGUGAGGCAGCGAGGGGAGCAGAGAGAGGGUGGAGCGGGGGCAGGCGUUGUGCAUCAACAGCAGCAGCAACAGCAGCUGGCCGCCCAGCAGCUCGUCUUCCAGCAGCAGCUCCUGCAGAUGCAGCAGCUCCAGCAGCAGCAGCACCUGCUCAACAUGCAGCGGCAGGGCCUGCUGUCGCUGCCCGGGCCCGCCCCCGGACAGGCCGCCCUGCCCGGACAAACCCUGCCCCAGUCAGGUAAGAAGAGGAGGAGCAGUGAGAUGACGACAGGGAGUGUAGUUGAUCUGACUGAUAUGACUUGGUGGUCACAUGCUCAAGUGAGGUCUGGCCUGAGCCCCGCUGAGCUGCAGCAGCUGUGGAAGGAUGUGACCGGAGGCGGUGGUCACACCAUGGAGGACAACGGCAUCAAACACAGCAACAGCGGCAACGGAGGGGGCGGUGGCGGCGGCGGCGGCGGCGGGUUAGACCUCUCCACCAACAACUCUUCCUCAACUACCUCCUCCUGCAACCCCGCCAAAGCUUCGCCGCCCAUCUCCCACCAUUCCAUCGCCAACGGACAGUCCCCCGGCCUCAACCACAGAAGAGAGAGGGAACGGGAACGGGAAAGGGAGCGAGAGAGUUCACUACAUGAAGAAAGUGGAGGAACCCACCCCCUGUACGGCCACGGUGUGUGCAAGUGGCCCGGCUGUGAGAACAUCUGCGAGGACUUCGGACAGUUUUUGAAGCACCUAAACAGUGAACACGCCCUGGAUGACCGGAGCACGGCCCAGUGUAGAGUCCAGAUGCAAGUCGUACAGCAGCUGGAAAUACAACUUUCUAAAGAACGUGAGCGUCUUCAGGCGAUGAUGGCCCACUUGCACAUGCGGCCCUCGGAACCCAAGUCAUCUCCCAAACCACUCAACUUGGUGUCCAGCAUCACCAUGUCCAAGAACCUGCCCUCAGCAUCGCCCCCCAACUUACCUCAGACGCCCACCACGCCCACAGCCCCCAUCACCCCCAUGACUGGCAUGCCCCAGGUGCCCUCAAUACUGGGAGGAGCCAACGUCCCCAGCAUGGGAGCCAUGCGCAGACGCCACUCGGACAAAUACUCCAUGCCUCUGUCGUCAGGUGGUGAAACAGUAUUUAUUUUUCCAGAGAUCGCCCCAAACUACGAGUUUUAUAAGAACGCAGAUGUCAGACCGCCAUUUACUUAUGCAACCCUCAUAAGACAGGCUAUCAUGGACUCUGCCGACAUGCAGUUAACGCUUAAUGAAAUCUACAGCUGGUUCACACGCACGUUCGCCUACUUCAGACGCAACGCUGCGACUUGGAAGAACGCUGUGCGCCACAACCUCAGUCUGCACAAGUGCUUUGUGCGUGUGGAGAACGUGAAGGGGGCGGUGUGGACGGUGGACGAGAUGGAGUACCAGAAACGCAGGUCGCAGAAGAUCACAGGGAGCCCGUCACUUGUUAAGAACCUGCCCUGCAGUCUCGGCUAUGGAUCGGCGCUAAACGCCAGUUUACAGGCUGCCCUGGCAGAGACCUCCCUGCCCAUGCUGGGGACCCCCGGCCUCAUGAACAGCGGCUCCACGGGCCCCAUGGGAGGCAGCUGCCACGGCCUCCUCGGCGGAGACCCCUCCAUGCUGAUGGGCGGGUGUCAAGGACUUUUGGGCGGAAGCCCACCGGGACUUUUGGGCGGCAGCCCCCCAGGUAUGCUGGGCUGCAGCCCCACUACCCUGCUGCAGUCCGCCCAUGAGGGACUCAACGGGCUUUACGACCACCUGGACACCAACGGACACGGCAGCCCCGGAUACUCCCCCCCAGUACACAUGCCACAGAUUCACGUGAAGGAGGAGCCGCUCCACAUGGACGACGAGGACUGUCCGAUGUCACUGGUGACGACAGCCAAUCACAGUCCAGAGCUGGACGACGACCGGGAGCUGGAGGAAGGGAACUUAUCAGAAGACCUGGAGUGACUAGGAUACCGUUUUUGGCCGACGUAUCCCUCCGCCCCGCCGCACUGUUUCUCCCACACAGACCUCCUGCAAGACUAAGAAACCACUCCACAGUCUCUCUGUGUCUCUCUGACUAUUUAUUGAGCAUGCAUCCGGAUGGAGACUGGUCCAAAGGAACUCUUUGUCGCAGCCCUUUGGGAACAAGACAGGCAUGAGAUGUCUGAUUAAAAGAAAACUUCAUUAGAGAUGGCGUGGCCACGUACAGUACAAGGAUGAUGGACUCAAGGAUACUGGGAGAAAAAAAAACAAAUCACGUUCCGUUGAAAGCUAGCGGCCUCAUAUACUGCCAAAAAGGACGACGUUUUAUGUUUGUGAAUAAUCCAACCCCCCCCCCCCC